UAGAAAAUGGAUGGAUGGACUUGACUGUUAUGACUUUUUACUUUUGCAAACAGAUAUUCAUACUCAUUACCAAGUCAAAAUAAGAUGGUUACUUCGUGGGUAUGGCGGACAUUUUGAAUUUGUCACAGUACUUCAAUACAUUUCAGAGAAUGAGCCUUUUUACUUUUACUUAAGUGCAGAAGUUAAAUCAGUAUUACUACUUCUGUAAUUCAUAAAGAAUUAGAGUGUGAGUACUUAUGCACCCUGCCACUAACGACCCCUACAAACGGCAAUAAAAAUGGCAGACUCAUGAUAUUACAUGAUAGGGCGCGACAGGUAAUAUAGUGGAUAGGUAGGAAGUGAUUCCGAAAACAGCCAUGUCGGGCUGCAGCUAUUGAAUAUUUAGUGUCCUACUGAAAAUUCUAUCGAAUAAUCGAGUAAUUUGAUUAAAUAUAAUUUUGCUCGGUUAAAUAACAAUUAUGAAUACACAAGAGAAAUUUUCACAGAAUCAUGAAUGACCGGUUGGUUUUGUUUUUAGAUAAUCAGCAAUCUUUUUCCUGAAAUUUAAUAUUGUGAAGAGAAAACUACUGUAUUUUGUAGUCUAGAAACAUGUGUAGGUGAGAGAUUUUUGUGGUUCUGGGGCGCAGCGACAUCAGAACCAGUGUAGCGCUUUUGCCAGCUAAAACAGCAGAUUUUGGUUCAGCCUGGUGGUUUGUUGAAAAUGGAUUGGUGGAACUGCAACCUUCAGGCUGUUAGCAUGGAACUGUUCAUUUUCGUCUCUUAAUGCAGCGGCUGUUGCAAGGCUAAACUGGGCACUGGCUCCUUGCUACGAGCCACUCCCGCCGACAAUAGUCGACAUAUUAUACAAUGACAGCGUAACUAAUUAGCAUUUUUUAGCAUUCUUAAUUAGCGAUUGAGCAUGAUUUCGGGAUGAUUUUGUGUUGGAUAAUGGUAGAAACAGCAUGGGUUGUCAGUAAAUACGGAAUGGGCUCUGGCUAGCCGAAAAGGUAAGCAGCAACCACGCGCUCCGAAGGCCAACUUUAAAAAAAAAAAAGUCUGCCCAGGCAUUGAUUGACGUUCAUGUACGAGUUCUUAUGCUUUUAUUUUGAAGUUGGCCUUUGCUGCAUGUUGGUUACCAUCAUUCAUCGCAUGAGCAUUGUCUUUGGGGCUUACUUGACUUGUCUUGUCUUCCCGACAUUGCACACCAAAUACUGUAAAUGGUUAAACAAGGCAGAAGAACUCCUUGUGUGUUUUGUUUUUAAAUCAACAUACUCGAGGACUCGUUUCACUCCCACGGCCAUAGUCGCACUCUCACAUUGUCUUGUCCUGCCUCCUCCAGCGUACGUGUUCGUGCCGUGGUGAUGACACGUGACGACUCUAGCGGCGGCUGGGUGCCGCUUGGCGGGGGCGGCCUCAGUCACGUGGUCAUAUGCAAGGGGCGAAGCCACAAGCAGAGAGAGUACGUCAUCCGCGGGGAGAGGCUGCGGGACCGAGCGCCGGUGCUGGAGUGUGCUGUGCAAAAGGGCCUAGUCUACAACAAGGUGAAUCCCAUCUUUCAUCACUGGCGGGUGGACGAGCGCAAGUUCGGCCUGACCUUCCAGAGUCCUGCAGAUGCCAUCUCCUUCGAGAAGGGUUUGCAGGCAGUCAUCGACAAGCUAGACCGAGGCUCGGACUCGCCCUCGUCAUCCACGCCAGAGGAGGCAGACACCGAGGACGAUGGGCAAGCCGCAGCGAGUCGUCGUCCAACAGCAGGAAGGAAAUGUUACCCAAACCCAUCACCAUUGUGACCAGCGAGUCAUCCUCCACCUGCUUCAUGCGGACAGAGGAGUUCGCUUUUACAUCCGGCGUUACCACACAGACACCUGCCCAGAUCCACGCCAGGCCGGGACAACACCAGCUCUCGCAAAUGACCGGCGCCUUGAAUCCUCCAUUGGCGCCGCCUCCGCCUCCAGCCCCACCGUCUCCUCCCACGGGCCCACCGGCCUCGUCACCACUGUCCCCUCUGUCGCCCACCAUUUCCCUGCUGGAGGAGGGGGAUCUGCACAGUGUGGAUCCUUGCAAGGACCUGUGGGGGUCCAGAGGAUAUGAAGACUAUCGACGAGCGGGGGCCACCAGGACUAUGGUUGGGGGGCUGACCGGAGGCGUUGUUGUAGGUAGCGGGGGGAGCCUGCAGGACAAGUCCGAGCUGUGCGUGGUCCGCUUUGAGAAGGAGAUGUCCGGGAUGGGCACGGGGGGCUGCGAGGUCACAGUGAGUCUGGACAGUAAGGCGGCCCAGCGGCUGUCCUCGUCCUCGCCCACCGGCAUGUCCAUCCCUAACGCUGUGUCCGGCGUGUCCUCAGGGGCCGGCUCCCCCCAGGAGCCCGGCAAAGGCUCUCCCUCGCCCUGCUGCAUACACACCUCCCUGGCCACGCCCCACUCACGGACUCGUAAACGGGGCGGCGGCGGCGGAGCCUGCGGGGACCCGGGCACCAUCUCUCCCGAUGACGAUAGCCCGUGCCCGCAGGCGUCGUCGUCAUGCUCAUCCCGCUGCGUGUACUGCCGUUCUGUGUUCAGCGCCUCGGAGAACGGCCGGGGCCGUUGCAGGGAUGCCCCAGACCCGGCCCUGCACUGCCUGCGCCAGUGGACCUGCGUGUGGUGCGCCGAGAGCCUACUCUACCACUGCAUGUCGGACUCCGAGGGCGAGUUCUGGGAGCCAUGUUCGUGCGACGACUCCAUGGGAGGUCACCCGCACCCGCUGUGUUGUGCCCGCUGGCUGGCUCUCGUGGCCCUGUCGCUCUUCGUGCCCUGCAUGUGCUGCUACCUGCCUUUGCGCGCCUGCCUGCGUUGCGGCGAGCGGUGUGGCUGCUGUGGGGGAAAGCACAAGGCGGUCCGAUGAGACCAGGCUCGGGUGGGAAGCGAUGUGGGGUCCCCUUUACGUGGGCUUCGACGUGACCCUCCCAAGCCCCGCACAGCAUUCCGCUCUUUCUCUUUCUAACCCGGGGGGCCUUCUUGGACUAGGGAGAGGAGUGUGGGGGGGCGCAUCGCGCUCAGACCAGCUUUCACAGAGCCUUUCAUUGUGGAUUGUGCCGACGUCCAGUUGGUGACCCGAGACUUAACCCAAGGAUGAGGGUGGGUGAAGUGUACACUGUUUUUUUUGUUUUUGUUUUUUGUUUUGUUUAGUUUUUUUAACAGAUACUCCCCGACUCAUGUACAAGUGACACGUGGCUGUUCCUAUCUCAUAAUUUUGUUUUUUUUAAUUGUCACUACAUAUCAUUUCCAUGCAUUAGGGCAAUACAGUUUCAGUCGCCCAAUGUUUUUCAACACUACACAUUUUAUACUACAAAAAUCUCACGGCACACUGCCACAUGAAAAUGUCACAUAAAAAGUAUAGCUCCUGCAAAAAUGAUGACCUUGUCCUCAGUGUGAAAUCUGGCCUUGUUUAGUUGAACACAGCCAAGCCCUGCAGCAAAUUAGCGAAAGUCUGCAAGUAAUUAACAGCCUAAAAAGGUUUAGAAUUGCAAAGGUGUAUAAGAUAGCAGCCAAAGCGAAACUCUGAAAUUCACUUCAACAUUGUUCCUUGGCAACAAGAUGCCACAAUUUGAUCUCGGAGGACGGAAAGUCAGGAAAACCAAGGCCAAAACGUCGUCCCAAAAACCCCGAAUAGAGAAAAAGCUGACAAAAUGGUCUUAACUGGACAACUGGGGAGAGGAUUGUCAACUCUCUACUCUUUGUCAUCAAACGCUUUGCCAGUCAGGUCGAUGGCAAUAAUCUGAAGAAAUUAGCCAAGGAAAGAAGUUUGCAUCGUGUUUCCUUUCACGUCUCCUCAAAAAUACACUGGUAGCACUGGGGUCUCUCUUGUGCUAUUACACUGAUUUGACUUGCGAAAGUAUUAAAAAAAAAUUAAUUAACAUGAAAGUGUGCAUAUGUCCAACAUGUUCAUAAGUAGGGGAGUGUUUGUAUAUUUUAUUAAAUGUGACAAUGAAUCCCCCCGUCACCCAAUUGACACACACCAACUUAGAGGGGGUCCUCCAGGGAUUUGGUGUUAGCCUGUGUAGUACUGGGACAUGUUGUUCUUUACCUCCUCCAAAUUUACCUCAAAGUGGAAAAAAUAAAAUAAAUAUAAGAGAGCGAGCUUUGGAGAAAAUGUCGACAAAUGCAUGAUGGGGGGAGGGACUGCAAUGACAACCACCAGCUGUAACGACGAGAAGGAACACGUGUUCAAACAUUUUUUGCAUCCUCGCCACCCCGCCCCAAAGAAACCCAACUAACUUAAUCUGUAGACAUGUCAAUGCCUCCACCCAAAAUA